AUGUCCGACUCGGGAGCACCAGCGGGGGACGACGAAGUCGGACUCCCCAAAGCUACUGUGUUCAAGCUCAUACAAGAGAUGCUACCACCAGAUAUGGCCUGCGCGAAGGAUGCCAAAGAGAUAAUAGUGGAUUGCUGUGUUGAGUGGAUCAAGCUCAUCUCGACACAAUCAAAUUCCAUAUGCGACGAGAGCUCCAAGAAGACAAUAUCACCAGAACAUGUCCUGGCUGCUCUCAAGCAAUUAGGCUUUGAGGACUUUGUCGCCGAGGUGGAGGAUUCGAACAAAGACUUCAAGCAGAUCCAAAAGGAACGCACCCGGACACAACCAGAGACGAACGGAAUGUCACAGGCGGAACUGCUCGCGCUUCAAGAAAAGCUGUUUGCUUCUUCGCAGGCGAGGCUCGGAGGGGGUCAAUGA